AUGAAGUGGACAAUUACCUACUGGCUCCUGCCUCUCGCCUGCGUGGCCCAAAUCCCCGUUGACCCGCCCCCCUUCACACCCUUCGGGCCCAAUCCCACCCAGAGGGUGUUUCCCACCACAACUUGGUGUGCAACAGUAACGCCCACCGAAAUUCCCGGUGUAAAGCCCAACGUAACCCUCUCAUGUACAACAUACGCCCCGGAACCGACAGCAUUUGCUCGGUUCAACCGCAUCCCGAGGGCCCGAGGCCAGGCGCGAUGCUGGUACGAUCGCUACGUCGACAGGAUCGAGAUCGGAAAGCGCGCGCUGAACAAUCAGGCCGAAAUCCUUAAGGGUGUGUACGAGUGCCAGGAUAAGUGCCAGCAGCCGCUCUCGAACGGCAAAGAGUGCAAGUAUGCUGUCUACGUCAAGGCAGGCCCUAGGUUGAAAGACCUUUGCUUGUUGGACAAUAUGGUCUACGAACCGUUCGAAAUUAAUCACAGUGGCCCGUUUGAUUCUUGGCUCUGCAUUGGCAGCGAGAAGAUGCAGCCCGAAAUUGAGGAUGCUCCAGAUACGAUCAAGAUCAGCCCGUGA